AUGGCUACAAUUUUUUCACCGUCAUCUACGUCGGUCAACGACGACCACAUCCCUACAGCUACCCUGGCUCUACCGUCCAUCGCUAUUUCCGCUUCAGCUUCUCGCCGCCUGCCGCCGCCGUGCUGGUCCGCCGAUGAGACGGUUGCUCUGAUCGAUGCCUACAAGGAUAAAUGGUACUCACUCCGUCGUGGUAAUCUCCGCGCCUUCCAUUGGCAGGAAGUAGCUAACGACGUUGCUUAUCGAUGCCCCUCAAGCCCUGCCAAGACAUCCGUCCAGUGUCGCCACAAGAUGGAGAAACUCCGCAAGCGCUACCGCGCUGAGAUCCAACGCGCCGCCGCUUUCGGUGGCUCCAGCCGAUUCUCCUCCUCAUGGGUCCACUUCCAACGCAUGCACUCCAUGGAAAACGGCCCCAUAUCAACCCCGCCCUCCUCUGACGAAGAGCUACCGGAAAAGGACCAUAGGAACAGCACUAAACGCAUCAAUGAGGUAUACAACAAUAAUGGUUACAAUAAUCAGAAGGCUAGUUUUCUUAAUCAAGGCCCUACGAGUCAUGGAACAACAGCCGGUUUUCGAAUUAGAAUCCCAGGCCAGGGAAAUUUGGGGCUUUCUGCACCAAAGUUUUCAAGUAAAUUUGAUGACUAUAGCCGUAAUUUUAGUUCUAGUGCUGGUUGUUUGGGGGGUUCUACUCAGGUUUUGCAAGAUGGAUUUAUGGGAACUUGUGAAUUGGAGAAAAGAGGAGAUGAAAAUGGAAAUAGAAGGAAAGGAGAUAAUGGGGUAGGACAGGUAGUGGCGGCUAUAAGGGCUUUGGGUGAAGGGUUUGUGAGGAUGGAGAAGAAGAAGAUGGACAUGGCACGCAGAAUUGAGGAGAUGCGAAUGGAGAUGGAGUUGAAGAGGACCGAGAUGAUACUCGGUUCUCAACAGAGGAUUGUGGAGGCCUUUGCUGAUGCAAUAUCUGAGAGCAAAACUAAGAAAGCAAAGAAAAUGAUGAUGCCUGAGCUUUAA